CUUCUUCUUUCUUGUCUCGUCGCCUAGAUUCAUUCUCUCCAUGCAUGCUCCUCGCUCGUCCCUUUAGAGGCAUUCUCCUUCAACGGGCAAGACUCGCCACGGUACCAUCACUGUCCACACAACCUAUAAGACUCAGCUACAGGAAAAUGAGCGCAGAGGUGCACAGCGCGGCACCGGCCAAGCGUGCCCUCGAUGAGGACCCCGACCACGAUGCUGUGGCGGCCGAGCGGCACGCUGCCAUGAAGAGGCAGGCCAAUGAGGAGGAGAAACAGAUGGUGGAGGCUUCCGCUUCCAAGGUCAAACACGUCGACAUCCACCCAAACGACGAAGAGCUCCGCGCCGACACAUCGCCCCUGCCAAAGUCGACAUCCACGCUGCAAUUCUCCCCCGGUUUGCACCUGGCCCCGAUGGUGCGCAUCGGCUCGCUGCCCACGCGCCUUCUUUCGCUCCGGUACGGUGCCGAUCUCGUCUGGAGCCCCGAGAUUGUCGACCGGGCCAUCUUUGGCUGCGAUCGGACCGUCGACGAGAAGAGUGGACUGGUGGCAUUUUCGCGCGAGGGUAAGCACAUCUUCACCACACACCCCGUCGAGCGGCAGCGCGUCAUCUUCCAGCUCGGUUCGGCCAGCCCCCAGUGGGCAUACCAGGCCAUCUCCUUUGUUACGGCCAACGACGAUGUGGCAGGCGUGGACCUCAAUUGCGGUUGUCCCAAGCCAUUCAGCACGAUUGGAGGCAUGGGCGCGGGUCUCCUCUCGACGCCGGACCUCCUCUGCGACGUGCUCCGGGCGAUGCGGAGGGCCGCGCCGGCUCACGUCUCUGUCAGCUGCAAGAUCCGGCUGCUUCCCACAAAGGAGGCCACCCAGGCGCUCGUACGCCAAAUCAUUCGGACCGGCACCAUCGAUGCGCUCACAGUGCACUGCCGGACAAAGGACAUGCGUCCGCGACAGCCGGCGCUUCCCCACCGUCUGCAGGAGGUCAUCGAUGUCGUCCAGGAGGAGACGGCGGGCGAGCUGCCGCUGAUCCUCAACGGCGAUGCUUGGGAUGCGCCAGAGGCCCGCCGCCUCAUGAAGCAGACGGGCGUCCAAGCCGUCAUGAUGGCCCGUGGUCCCGAGGGAAACGCGAGCAGCUUCCGGAGCGACGGAGGCGUACUCAGUGUGGCUUCAGUCGUGGCGCCCCAAUGGGUCCGCCUGGCCCUCUCGCUGGACAACCAGCCGGGCAACACAAAGUACUGCCUCAACUCGAUGGCCUUCAAGGCAACGAGCAGUGUCUCGCCGAAUGCUAAACCGCUGCAGCCACCGCCGGGCCUGCCGAGGGACACGAAGCAGAAGAUGGUCGAGAUCAGGCAAGGGCUGGCCAAGUCCAAGACGGUCGAGGAUCUCGCAAGGGCGCUCGGUGUGGAUCCAGAUGAGCAAAAGAAGAUUCCCAUCGACGAGGUCCUCCGAGAGGUCAGAGAGGCCAUUGAGCGCUCCUCCAGUUCCAAGGAGGGCAACGACAGCGGCACAGAAAUGUCUGAGAAGCCUGCUGCCUAGAUCCUAGCCCGUCAAACCCUGCCGCAUUGUUCCUGCAUAUGUACAGUACUCUAAACCAUCAUCGCUCCUCUUUCGUUGUUCUCUCUCUCUUGUCCUUUUGGCAAAUGGCAAUCAUAUUACAAAAGAGGGA